AUGGUGCUCUACUUUGAAAACCGCCACAGCUACGCCCACAGCUUCGACACGGUUACGCUUGCCUACCUCAACCGGUACCCCAACCCUUACGCCAAGCACGUCAAGCUGAGCGACACCCUCGAGCGGUACGUCGAUGGCGCCGGGCGCCUCUGGACGACGAAGCUCGUGGUGAAGACGGGGCGACUCCCCAAGUUCAUCGAGCCGUUUUUGGGCAAAGCGUUGGACCUGUGGAUCAUCGAGAAGCUGGUGAUCGACCCCAAGCGGCAGACGAUGCACACCUACACCGCCAACGUCGACCACCGGCGGUUCAUCCAGGUCGAGGAGCGCUUGGACUACGCCACCGCCGACGGUGUCACCACCGUCGACCUGAAGGUUAAGUUUUCGCUGAAUUUCACCGGGUUCAAACAGAAAAUCGAGCAGUGGCUGAAGAACAAGUUUUUGUCGAAUAUGAACAAUACCCGCGAGGGGCUCAAGUUCGUCAUGAACCAGCUUCACGAGUAUCGCGCCCGGCGGGUCGCCACCUGA